AUGACGAAUAUUAUAGAAGAGAUAUUUAUACCAGCAAGAGAAUAUCUUCAUACUAAACAAGAUGAUAGAGAACAAAUUAUAAGAAUAGGUAGAGAUAUUACUAAUUGUUCUAAGAAAUUAAUCUUUAGUUUACAUCGAUUAGAUUUAACCAAUGGAGUAAGUAUUAAUGAUUCUAUAAAGAAUGAAAUGUUUAAGCAUUUAGAAACGAUAAGUAAUAGAUUAUAUCAAUUGAAUAUAAUGUAUGGCACUAAUAAGAAUCUUAGAAGUACAAUAUCAAAUUCAAUUGAAGAAUUAAUUGAAUUCUUGACAUUUGGUUAUUUCUUGAAACAUCAACAAUUAUUACAAUUUGAUAAGUUAAUUAAUAUUAUAAAAUUAUUAAUUAAAUCAGAAGACUAUAACGGGAGAGAGAAGGAACAAUACUUUGAAGUUAUUCUAUUUAUUGUCUUAUUAAACAAUAAAGAUAUUCCCGUGGAAUUAUUAAAUCAAGUGGAUGCUCUACAGAUUGACUUUAUUGAUAUUAGUGAUUUAUUAAUGGGAUUAUUUGAUUGUACUGGAGAAAUUAUGAAAUUAUGUAUACUGAAUCUGUCUAAUAAUUCAGGUACACUUGAAUUAACCAAUACAUUAAAUAGCUAUAAGUACCUUAAACAUUUACAUCAAAGUUUAAUCAUUUUAAAACAACAAUUCCCAAUCUUAAGCAUUUAUCAUGGGGUAUUUGAAAUUAAUGGUAAUUACAGAAGUAGUCUUGUAAUUAAUAAAAAGAUGGAUGUAUUUACCAAUAGUCUAAACAAGAUUGAAACUACAUUAAUUGAUAAUUUAAUUAGCGAUCAAGAGAUAUUACAAUAA